AUGGGAAUGACUUGGGCAAGGGAACAAAAGGAACGCCUGAAGUCUGCAAAGCGUCAUUUGAAGGUCGAUUUUAAGGUAAAAUUGAAAUAAACUUAAUAAUGUCCAUGUAUAGAGACCUCAACAAACAGGUUCAAGCUUGAAAAAAGACACUUGCCCUGAUGUAUAUAUUUCCCGCAAACGUGGUGUGAUGACGUCAUCAGUCACGUGACCAUGUCUAAAAGUACAUUUUAUCUCAGUGCGAGGACAGACACUGAGCAACUGAGAGCACCUCGCAUAUUUAAAAGAGUAAUGUUAUAUGGAGCAUUUAAAAAUGGCCAGUUUGCCUGAGCGAAAAAGUGGGAGGCUAGCUUUGGGGAUGUAUAUUUUCUUUGUUGGAACGUACAGAAACUUAACCUAACGUGUUGGUAAAUGUUUUUAUGAAGAGACACUCUAUGUAAUCUUCAGGUUGUUAUGAUACCGCCACGUGAUUAGGACGUUCGAAUUUUUUUAAAGACGGCUUUAAAAUUGCAUUUUUCCUCGCUAGUGAAGCAUAUUUUUAUUUCAUGUGUUGACCUAGGCAAAUAAAAGGUGAUUAUUUUUGACUAACUGAUAUUGUCUGUGCAGGUGCACGUUUCGAAGCAAUCGAACAUUCCAGACCAUUGCAGAGCAUAUGCCCUGAGUGAUCCAAAGGACAAGGAUUAUCAGAUGACCUGUCCACAUGAUCAUCUAGAAAACUGCGAUCGUUGUGAGUUGCUCGCGUCAGUUCUGGCAGAUAUACACGACGCUCUUGAGAAGAUGUCAAAUAGAAAUGUGUCACGUGACGUCAUAGAAGAGUUGACCUUCAUCGAAGGUCAGGCUAUGCAAAACAUCUUGGCAUGGAAAGCACACCUACUCCGACGUGUUAAUGAGGAUGAAGCCCGACUAGAGGUGAUUAAUGCUCUCGAUGAAAGUUCAGUACUUCCUGUACAGGACUGGGCCAUGAAAUUUCUACCAAGAAAGUUCAGAGAAAGCCAAAGUGAUUGAAAGCCAAAGUUCGCAAAGAGAGGCAUGUCCUGGCACAUUACCGUAGCUACUCGUCGGGCAGAAAACGAAGAAUUGCAGAUGAUGACCUUCGUACACGUUUUCCAACCUGCAACCAAGACAGCUGCGCGGUGCUGUCAAUUAUGAAGGCUGUCAUUGGAAAGCUGAAGUCACUCUUACCUCAACUGAAAUCUGUAUUUUAUAGGCAGGACAAUGCUGGCUGCUACCACUGUGGAGCUACUAUAGUGGGAGCCAUCUUUGAAAGUCGCUGUUAUGGGGUUUCCGUGAAACGCCUGGACUUCUCGGACCCACAGGGUGGUAAAGGGCCUAGUGACAGAAAGGCAGCGUCACUUAAAUCGCACAUGAGAGUUUACCUUAACCAAGAGUCUAACAUCGAGACUUCCAGGGAAAUGGGAGACGCUAUCCAGUCAUCAGGGGGUGUUCCUGGAGUCGAUGUUACAUUAUGCAGCUCAUCGCAAAACCAAAAACCCUCUUUGAAUGUGAAUAUUGCAGGCGUGAGUUUGAUUUCUAAUAUUGAAUACAACGACGGAGGCCUGAGAGUUUGGAAGGCGUGUGGAAUAGGACCUGGUAAAUGCAUACGACUUUCAGAGCUUAAUACUCCGCAGGUGCUGCAGGUUCCAGAUCUUGUGAAAUGUGAUGGAGAGAGAAUGCCUUAUGCACAUUUCAUUAAAGUGAAGUCCAGGCCUCAGCCUCGCGCAGCUGCUAAUUCUCAGAGAUGUUCAGAUACCGAAGAGGAGCCUGUGGGUGACACCUCGACUGUUCCUCUUUUUUCCUGUCCGGAGGAAGGAUGUGUGAAAACGUAUCAAAGGUUUUCCUCCUUACAGCACCAUCUGGAUCUUGGAAAACACGAACGUGCUUUAGAGAAUGAGACGUUUCUUGACAGAGCAGUGCUCGCCUACGCAGACAGACUACAGGAGCAGUUCUGUGGUAUACCACAGAUACAAGCUAGAAAGCGUCUAAACCUCACAAGUCAUCCGUGUUUACCGAUGGGAUGGGCCCUGAAGUCUGGUCAUGUUCGACGAACAAGAUUUACAGAAAAGCAAAAAGAUUACUUGACAAGUAAAUUCCGUAUUGGAGAGACGACUGGCCAGAAAGCGGAUACAGCGUCUGUAGCCAGGUCCAUGAUGACUGCCAGGGACAGCAAUGGAAACCGCCUUUUUACAAGUUCUGAAUUUCUGACUGGCCAGAAAGUUUCAAGUUUCUUCUCAAGGCUAGCCUCCAAGCGUACACUCAGUGAAAAUGACGGAGAGUGACAUUGAAGAAAACCAGAACGUAGAAGAUGAGGAAGCCUUCAGCGAGCUGAGAAGUGAAAUCCUUCAAGAAGUUUCCCUCAGUCAUCCCAUCUGCUAUGACAGUUACUACAUUUGCGAACUUAUUGCAGAUUCAAAGCUGUCAAAAUUUGCAAUUCAGAUGCUUCAGAAUAUCUGCGAGCACUUUGAUAUUCCGACAACCGACAUCAAAGUGAAGAGGAAAGCUCCUUACAUCGAGAGGUUGAUCACCUUUGGCAAAAAAUGCACCUGUCAGGGAAAACUUUAA